CAAAAUAAAACUCCACCCGAACAAAACAUGAAUUUGGCUCUAAAUAGGAGUGUCCAGAAGGGCGGCUGUCAGGUUUUGGGCCUCAACAAGUACAGUAUACAGCAGUGGCUGAAGACCAUCGAUACGAUCAUUUACGAUGGCGAUGGUGUCCUGUGGAAGCACGACGAGGUACUUGACAAAGCACCGGAAACGUUCAACGCCCUUCGAGCCAUGGGAAAAGAGGCCUAUAUCUGCAGCAAUAACUCAGCGCUUUCGGUGGCGGGAAUCUGCAGGAAGGCCCAGGAAAUGGGUUUUUUGGUGGCCAAAAAUGAGAUACUAUCCUCGGGCCAGACCUUAGCUCGCUUUAUGAAGGAGAAGAAAUUCAAAAAGAAAGUGUAUGUGGUGGGGGGUCAGGGAAUCAUCGAUGAACUGAAACUGGUGGGCAUCGAAUCCCUGCCCUUGGAUCAUCCCUCGUUGCAGGGCUUCUCGAUGAUGGAACACGUCCCCACCAUCUUUUUGGAUCCCCAUGUAGGUGCUGUCGUAGUGGGAAAUGAUAAGGACUUCAAUAUGAUCAAGUUGACCAAGGCCUGUUGCUAUCUCAAGGAUCCCGAUGUGAUGUUUGUGGCCACGAAUCGCGAUAUGGCCAUUCCGGCGGCUCCUGGCCGAUUGGUUCCCCGAGCCGGAGUUAUGGUCUCAGCCAUUCAGGCGGCCAGUCAAAGGAUGCCCUUCACCUGCGGAAAGCCCAAUCCCUAUAUGUGCAUCGAUCUGAUGCGCCAGGGAGUUAUUCAACCGGAGAGGACCUUGAUCAUUGGAGAUACUCAACAUUCCCGAUUGGAAACACAAUAUUCUCUAGCUAUGUUCAAGCAAACCUGCUCCGACCUGACCAAGUUGCCGAAACAAAGGGUCCGCCAGUGGCUGUCGUCCAUCGAGUCCGUGAUUUGCGAUGCGGACGGGGUCCUGUGGCACUUUUCGAAGGACAUCGAGGGGGCGGUGGAUACCUUCAAUCAGUUGAAUGCCACCGGGCGAAAGACCUUCAUUGUGUCGAACAACUCGGAGAUUGCGAGGAUGGACAUGGUCAAAAAGGCUAAGGGAUUUGGCAUCCAGAUCGAGGAGGACUGUGUCUUGACCUCGUCCUACUCGUGUGCCUAUUUCCUGGCCGAAAAGAAGUUCCAAAAGAAGGCGUUUGUCAUGGGCGAGUACGGAAUCCACCAUGAGCUGGAGCAACUGGGCAUUUGCUCCUCCAAAGUGUCCGAGACACUGGAAAGGCCCAUCCACGAGUUUGUGGCCGAUCUGAAACUGGAUCCCGAUGUGGGGGCGGUGGUUGUGGGUCGGGACGAGGGCUUCAACAUGGCCAAGGUGGUGCGUGCCGGCACUUAUCUGCUGAACCCCAGCAUAAUAUUCCUGGGCACCUGCCUGGAUGCCGCCUAUCCCAUCGGCAAUAAUCGGGUGAUAGUGGGUGCCGCAGCCACCUUGGCGGCGGUGAAAGCCCUUACUGGGAGGAAGCCACUGGUGCUGGGGAAACCCAAUCCCUGGAUGGCAGCUCCACUCUUGCAAGCCGGCGUCAUCAAACCAGAGACCACGUUGAUGGUGGGCGACACACUCGAGACGGAUAUUCGGUUUGCGGCGAACUGUGAGUUCCAGUCCCUGAUGGUCGGCAGUGGCGUUAAUAGCCUGAAGGAGGUACAGAAGAUCAUCGAGGAGGGCGACCCAAAGAAGAUGGACCUGGUGCCCGAUACCUAUCUACCCAGUUUUGGCCACUUGCUGGAGUUCCUCUGCUAGACCGCAUACAAAUUGUAAAUUAUCAUUGGCAACGGUUUCUACAUAAAAUCAAUACCACCACUGCGGCCUGCCUUCAAUGUCAGCCGCAAAUCUGGGCCCUUUGUCGGGUUUCGGUCCCUUGUCAAAAGUCGAACACUUGCAGUCCCAACAGCAACAACACAAAUACGGAAAAAAUCCACGGCGGUGUUCGUCACUUCAUCGCCAUCGUCGUCGAGCAUGACCGACAGAUGCGGUGCGGCAUGCCACUCCUCGUCCCGCUGAGUCCCCUCUUUUUGGUAUGGGUGCACUGCAAAAAAAUGCAUUCCAAACAAGAAAUUAAACUUAUUUUACAUUUACGACUCU